ACACGCAUGGCCCGUCGCCGCGGCAGCCACCGCACUUGCACUCGCACGCGCGCCAGCGACAUCUAGCCCUUCGCAUCGCCAUCCCAGCUAAGUCCUGCAGACAUCGCAUGCGACAUCCUCGCCGAUGAGCGACACCACCUCGACGGCAGCCGCCGCCGCCACAAAGACGGAGGCCAGCAUCACCGAUGAUGGACCCGGAGCUGCGCAGAAGGCGACGGGCAUCAGCCUGGUCGCCUUCGUCACUGCAUUGGCCGCUUCGCUGGUCGUCUUUGGCAUUCAGAUGGGCUUCUUCCUGCUCUUGCGGAACAAGUUGGUCAGGAUAUUCAAACCGAAGACCUACCUGGUCCCCGAGCGCGAGCGCACCGAGCCCCCGCCUUCCAACCACCUCGCCCUAGCCUACAAGCUCAUGAGCUUCGAGGACCGCGAAAUCAUCAAGAAGUGCGGUCUUGACGCCUACUUCUUCCUGCGCUACCUGCAAACCCUCCUCAUCAUAUUCAUCCCCAUCGCCGUCGUCGUGAUCCCAAUCCUGGUUCCCCUCAACUACAUCGGCGGUCUGGGACGGGAGGUAGUCAAUGGCACCGCCAACGCCUCUAACAAGAGCGAUCCUACCGGCCUGGACACGCUGGCAUGGGGCAACGUCGCCCCCAACAAGCAGCAACGCCGCUGGGCCCACCUUGUUCUCGCCCUCCUCGUCAUCCUGUGGGUCUGCGGUGUCUUCUUCGGCGAGCUCAAGGUCUACGUCAAGAUCCGGCAGGACUACCUGACGAGCGCCGAGCACCGCCUGCGCGCCUCGGCCAACACGGUGCUCGUGAGCUCUAUCCCGGACAAGUGGCUCAGCGAGGAAGCCCUAAGGGGCCUGUUCGACGUGUUUCCCGGUGGCAUUAGGAAUGUUUGGCUCACCCGGGACUUCACCCCCCUGCUUGCCAAGAUACAUGAGCGCGACGCCAUCCACAAGCUCCUGGAGGCGGCCGAGAGCGACCUGAUCCGCAACGCAAAGAGGAAGCAGCUCAAGCAGGCCGAAGAGACCGGCAUCAUGAACAGGCUCAAGGCCGUAACCGCCGAGGGCAGGGCCGACAGAGCCCAGCGCGCCAAAGCUCAAGACGAGGAGGCCCAGAGACGCGCCGAGGCUGCUGGCGGCUUGAGCGCCAACACGCCACAUAUUCCCCACGGUGUGCACGAGGCGAUCGCCGAGGCAGACGACCGGAGCGACGGCGGUUUCGACAUUGCUCGGGAGCGGCGGGCCGACGAGGGGGAGAAGCGAUGGGGCCACAAAAACCCGCUCGGUAAGAUCGGGGAGGGUCUGGGCAAGGGUGUCGGAAAGAGUGCUGCCCUCGCCAGCGGGGCCGGCCUCGGCAUCGCUGGGGGCGCCAAAGCCGUGCGGAGAGGCAUCGACAAAGAGCUGAAGGGUCCUGCUGGUUUCGACUUUGUGAACACCGAGUCCCGACGUGAGCCGCCUUCCGUGACGACGAGCGAUCCGGACUCUCCUCCGCCGCGAGACCAGAGCGCGGCCGACGAUGAGGAGCGCCCCAAGGCGUCGUUCGCCUCGGAAGCCCCCCUGACCAAACAUGCCCGCCACGCCCACACCGCGUCCGACGCCUCCCAGGAGUCAGCAGAUAUCAAGACGGAGGCCGGCGAGCCCAGGCUCUUCGGUAACACGGUUCGCCGUGCUACGAAUCUGGACGAGAUGAUCGUCACGGAAAAGACGCGGUGGUAUGAAUUCUGGAAGCCGCCAACCGGAAGCUACGCGUCCCCAAUCCCUCAGGGCGCCGAGGAAGGCGAGUAUCCUUGGAAGAAGAAGAAGAAAUCGUUGUGGGAGAUUGUGAAGGACGCAGUCCCGGUCCUGGGCGGCAGUUCUCUGCCGCCGGUGGAGUACCCGCCCGCAUAUACUCGCGACUACGCCAAGGAACCAGAGGAUGAUACUGCCGAGUGGAGGAAGUGGCUGAAGCCCGAGGAACGUCCCCACCACCGGGUUCACAAGUUCGCCGGCAUGCCAUCAUGGCUGCCCGCGCUGCCGCUGCUCGGCAGGAAGGUGGACACGAUCUACUGGUGCCGAGCGGAGCUCGCCCGGCUGAACCUGGAGAUCGAGGAGGACCAGCAGCACCCGGAGCGAUAUCCCGUCAUGAACUCGGCCUUCAUCCAGUUCAACCAUCAGGUCGCGGCGCACAUGGCCUGCCAGUCGGUCACUCACCAUAUCCCGAAACAGAUGUCGCCUCGCAUGGUGGAGAUCUCGCCGGACGAUGUCAUCUGGGACAACAUGGCCAUCCCGUGGUGGAGCGAGUGGGCGAGGAGCGCCAUCGUCUUCGCCUUCGUGUCCGCCAUGGUGAUCCUGUGGGCCUUCCCCGUCGCCUGGACUGCCUCGCUCUCCUCGCUCGAUGCUCUGGUUGCUAAAUACAGCUGGCUCCACUUCCUGGUCGAGAACGAGGUUCUCGGCAACGCCGUCAAGGCGAUUGCCGGCGUCUUGCCCGCCCUGGUCCUGUCCAUCAUCCUGGCCCUGGUGCCCAUCGUCCUCAACUUCUUGGCCGACUUCCAGGGCUCCAAGACCGGGUCGCAGAAGAGCGAGACGGUGCAGAUCUACUACUUUGCCUUCCUCUUCGUCCAGGUCUUCCUGGUCGUCUCCAUCGCCUCGGGUACCCUGCAGACGCUCGCCAACAUCUCCAAGGACUUCACCAGCACGCCAAACGUCCUGGCCGAGAACCUCCCCAAGGCCGCCAACUACUUCUUCGCUUACAUGAUCCUGCAGGCGCUCUCGACGAGCUCGGGAACGCUGCUGCAGAUCGGCACGCUUCUCGUCUGGUAUGUCUGGGCUCGCAUCGUCGACAACACGGCUCGUGCCAAGUGGACGCGCAACACCCAGCUGCCGACCGUGUCUUGGGGGUCCUUCUUCCCGGUCUACACCAACUUUGCCUGCAUCGCUCUCAUCUACUCCAUCGUCGCGCCCCUGAUCGCCAUCUUCGCCAUCAUCACCUUCAGCCUGCUCUGGGUCGCCCACCGGUACAACAUGCUGUACGUCACGCGCUUCAAGACCGACACCGGCGGCGUGCUGUACCCGCGGGCCAUCAACCAGACCUUCACGGGCCUAUACGUCAUGGAGUUGUGCCUCAUCGGGCUCUUCUUCCUCGCCGAGGACGAGACGGGCACGAACGUGUGCUUCCCGCAGGGCAUCAUCAUGAUCGCCGCGCUGAUCCUGACCAUCCUCUACCAAUACCUCCUCAACUCCUCCUUCGGCCCGCUCUUGCGCUACCUCCCCAUCACGUUCGAGGACGAAGCCGUGCUUCGUGACGAAGCCUUCCAGCGAGCCCAGGCCCGCCGCCUCGGCCUCACCGUCGCCGACUACGACGAUGACGACGACGACGAAGCCUCGUCGCUGGACCGGCCCGGAACCGCGGACAGCGCCCGGCACGCCGCCGACGACAUUGAGCUCGAGAAGAUGGCGGCCGGCCGCGGCCACGCCGCCGGCGGCGGCGGCGGUGGUGGUGGUGGUGGUGGCCGGCGUCACGGCCGAACGGGCUCGGCCCUCGGCCGGCUCAGGCCGGUCAACAAGGGCAUCCAGCACGCGAGCACCUGGGCGGCGCGGGGCGGCAAGCAGAUCCGGGCGGCGACGUUCGGCAAGGCCGAGGAGAGCCUGCGGACGGCGGCGCAGUACCGCAAGGACCGGCGGCAGCGCGACCUCGAGGCGCAGCGCGCCAUGGGCGACGCCCUCUUUGGCGGCUACUGCGACGUGAUCGAGGACCUGACGCCGCAGGAGCGCGACGUGCUGGUGCGCAAGGCGUUCCAGCACUCGGCGCUGCGCGCGCGCCGGCCCGUCGUGUGGAUCCCGCGCGACGACAUCGGCGUCAGCGACGACGAGAUCCGCCGCACCAACGAGUUCAGCGGCUGGAUCUCCAUCACCAACGAGGGCACCGCGCUCGACAGCAAGGUGCGCGUCUUGUACGGGCGGAACCCGCCGGACUUCUCGGAAGUGGACCUCAUUAAUCUUUAGUAGUUCAUUUCUUUUUUGGUUUUUUCCUUUUCGUGCUUUCUUUCUUUCUUUUUGAUACCUUUUGCCUUAAUUUUUUUUCUUCCUCUUUCG